UAACUUAACCAGUGAGGAAUUGGAACACAACUUAUCUAUAUAAUACCCCUCACCCUUUUCGUAGCUUCUUGUAAGUUCCCAUGUGUGUCUCCUUUCUCAUCUUCUUCUUCACUUUAUCCACAGCUUCAGAUUGCACAAGCUUCAGCCCUGCAUGUUCCAGGAUCCAAUCCAUGGAUUUUAGAAGCCGGGUGAGGGCCAUUCUUGCUGCCCUUACCUUCCUGUCCAUGGUAGCUUUGUUGCCUCAUUUGUACACCUGCCUAAGGGCCUUCUUCAUGGAGUUCCUCCCUUCUGUCAUCUCAGUUGUUGUCACACCCAAGUGUCUCUUUGUCUUCUCCAACAUCAUCGUGGUCUUCCUCGUCCGCGAGUCCAAGCUAUCACGGAGAAGCAGCGAGCCACUGAACGUCGUAGACGAUAACAUUGCUGCAAGGGACGAGGGCGUGCUACAUGGUUGUCAGAAGCAGGAGGAGGUAUUGGUGACAGAGGCAUUGCUGCCGGCGAUCCCUCAAAAUACCAAGCAAGGACGACUAGAGAGGAGAACGGUAAUGGGAGUAGGCGAAGAGCAGGAUGCUGCAGCUGUUAAUGAAGUUGUGAAGACGGAUCAGUGUGAGGAUGAAGUUAUUCAUUCUGGUUUAGAUGAACUCCAGGAAGAAGAGGUGAGAGUAGGGGCAAGACAAGACUGCUCAGCCUCAACAGAGGAGGAACUGGAAGAGAGGGGCCUGCCGCCCGUCGACGAGCUGAACCGCCGCGUGGAGGACUUCAUCGCUAGGUUCAACAUGGAGAGGCAGCUCGAGGAGGCACAGAUGCUCGUUUGCUGCUGCUGAGCACUACGUACUGGGUUGAAUAUGCAUGGUUUUUUUUUUGAAGAAGUGCAUGUUUAAUUUUCAUCUCAAGAUAGGAGUUACAUGUACUAUAGAGAUGUUGUAACAUAAUGCUCAUGCAUCACUGCUGUAAAUAACGAAAUGAAGUGUUUUGGAAGAAGUGGGCAACCUUUUUGAUACAA